AUGGAGGAGUGGGAUGUGCCCCAGAUGAAGAAGGAGGUGGAGAGCCUCAAGUACCAACUGGCCUUCAAGAGGGAGAUGUCCUCCAAGACGAUCCCCGAGCUUCUCAAGUGGAUCGAGGAUGGGAUCCCCAAGGACCCCUUCCUGAACCCUGACCUGAUGAAGAACAACCCUUGGGUAGAGAAGGCCAAGUGUACCAUCCUAUGA